GUUUAUGUUGUCCCAUUAAACGUCUGUCCCGAUUUUCACCAUCGAAAAAUCUAUUUUAGAGGUGGGAAUUUUUUGAGCUGUUACACGACAAAGAAGCAACGAAAAGUGAUUCACCCUCAUCGGCCAACUAUAAGAAUAUCUGUAAAUAUGAUGUCCUUUAGCAUGGCAAGAAAAGACCUCUGGCGUGGCACAGUUCGCCGCCCUGAUGGCACUUCGUUAUUAAGCCCGUUUGUUUGCCGCCGACACAAGAGCGGACCGUAUGGGUACACGCAAGCCAAGGCGCUUGUUUACUCAGCUCACGGCGAGCCUAUUGAUGUGCUCAGUUUACAUACCCACUCUAUUUCGCCUUCAAUUCCUUCCACAUCACUGCUACUUCGUAUGUUGGCAGCCCCUGUGAACCCGGCAGAUAUCAACCAAAUCCAAGGUGUCUAUCCAUCCCAGCCUAGAUUUACCUCUCUUCUUGGGACAUCAAGGCCAAGUGCGAUAGGGGGAAACGAGGGUUGCUUUGAAGUUGUUACUGUCGGAUCUUCCGUCAAGAAUUUCACAAAAGGCGACUGGGUUAUCACCAAACGACCAUGCUUUGGUACCUGGCGCACUCACGCGCUCGUCGACGAAGAAAGUACCAUGCGGAUUGACCGACAAGGCCUAUCGCCCGCUCAAGUUUGCACGAUAUCAGUGAAUCCUUGUACAGCUUAUCGCAUGCUGAAAGAUUUUGUAGAGCUGCGCGAGGACGAUUGGUGGAUUCAGAAUGGAGCCAACAGUAGUGUUGGCAGAGCAGCUAUUCAACUUGGCAAGUUUUGGGGACUCCGCUCAAUCAAUGUGAUUCGGGAUCGACCGGAUCCAGCGGCUACUGAAGUCUUGCGUAGUGAGUUGUUGGAACUAGGUGCGACUCACGUUCUCACCGAGGCUGAGCUUAUGGGACGAGGCUUGCGUGAUCGCGUGAUGGAGUGGACGGAUGCUGGUCGACAGCGCAUUAAGCUGGGCCUGAACUGUGUGGGUGGAAAGCCAACUGCUGCAAUGGUGAAGUGUCUCAGCAAAGGUGCACACCUCGUGACGUAUGGCGGUAUGUCUAGACAGCCGCUUCAGCUCGCGACCGGGAAGCUUAUCUUUGAUGAUUUGCGCUUUAGCGGCUUCUGGGUUAGUCGCUGGGCCGCUGAAAAUGCCGAGGCAAAACAGCGUACCGUUGAUGACCUCCUAACCAUGGUUCGAGAUGGCUCUUUCCGUGACGCCCCCUCUCAAGAAAUCAAGUGGAAUUGGGAUGUAGAUGAGCAAGUAUUGAAAGCGGCGGUUCAGGGUACGCUGGAUGGCUUCAGAGGAGGUAAAAGUAUCCUGGUGACGGGCGACACGUGA